CUCUUUCAUAUCAACAGUGCGGCAGGAGAACCGCAACAAGCGAGGAAAAGCAGGUGAACCCGUUUGCGUUUGAAAACAAAGACUUGAAUGGGAAUGGGAAUGUUUUUUCUCUCUAUCUGAAGAAAAUAUGUGAGAUUCUUCUGAAAUAGGCUGACAGCUAUUCGGUGAACCCCAUUUCAACUGGGGCGUUUUCAAUACGCCGAUUCUGUUGCAAAACUUUUCUUAAACGUUUGCAAAUGGAACCAAACGGGGAGGGACCUACCUGAAUAUGUCUAAUAGAAACUCUCCGUUUGUUCUAAUGAUUACACCCCAGGUAGCAGCAGAAUGGAUGAAAAAUACAGGGAGAGACGCUGAUUCCACUAUUCAUAUUGACUUAAAGGAGUAAGACAAUACCAUACCUAUGGCUUGCAGUCAACCCUCCAUGCCUCCUCCAACGAAUUGUACAUUUACAUAGGCACUGAAGGCUGGCAAAUCAAGUAACAUUUGGUGUAUUCAAUUCCUUUGGUGGGAUGUUAUCGACUUCUAUUGCUACAUAGUCAUCAUUGGGUUGUCGACGGCUGUUGACACUUCAUGGUGUUAUGAUGGGAGAAGUCACAGACGCCAGGGAAAUUAAAAAUACCUUAAUUGUUCCCGCAAUAAAGUCUUCUGAUCAUUAUGAUUUUUCUCGAGCAAAAUUGCGCUGUAGCCUCACAUGGCUGGUGGCCAAAGCAUUUGGGACAGACAGUGUCCCGGCCGACCUGAAGGAGCCCUUCUACACAGACCAGUAUGAACAGGAGCAUCUGAAGCCUCCAGUAGUCAGCCUGCUGCUGUCUGCUGAGCUCUACAGCAGAGCCGGGAGCCUCAUCCUGACAAGUGGAGGUCACCAUGCUGUCACCCAGCCCCUGGUUGGUCAACAUGCUGUCACCCAGCCCCUGGUUGGUCACAAUGCUGUCACCCAGCCCCUGGUUGGUCACAAUGCUGUCACCCAGCCCCUGGUUGGUCAAGAUGCUGUCACCAAGCCCCUGGUUGGUCAAGAUGCUGUCACCCAGCCCCUGGUUGGUCAAGAUGCUGUCACCCAGCCCCUGGUUGGUCAAGAUGCUGUCACCCAGCCCCUGGUUGGUCACGAUGCUCUCAUCCAGGCCCUGGUUGGUCAAGAUGCUGUCACCCAGCCCCUGGUUGGUCAAGAUGCUGUCACCCAGCCCCUGGUUGGUCAAGAUGCUGUCACUCAGCCCCUGGUUGGUCACGAUGCUGUCAUCCAGGCCCUGGCCCAGAAGGGACUCUACGUCACAGACCAGGCGAGGCUGGUUACUGAGAAAGACCUCUGCAAGAGGCCCCUACAGAUGAGUGCCCACCUGGCGAUGAUGGACACGCUGAUGAUGGCGUACACGGUGGAGACGGUGAGCGUGGAGAAGGUGGUGGCGUGUGUCCUCCAGUACUCCUCCCACCACGAUGAAGAUGCAGACACACCGUACGACACAGAGGACGCCGUGACCAGCUGGAUCAACAAGGUAAAUGAGUAUCUGAAGGAUAUCAUUGGUCAAGAGCUAAGGAGGAGAGAGACGCAGAGUGCUGAGCCUGUUGGCAAGCCAGGGUCUGUUUGUCCCCUGGCAAUCCAGGCUCGCCACAGGAAGGAGCAGCAGACUGUGGCCCAGCAGGUGCCCUGGAUCCCCCCUGUCGAUGACCUGCUGAAGGACACUUCUGACGGCUGCGCCCUGGCCUCUCUGCUGCACUUCUACUGCCCACACCUAGUCAGACUGGAAGAUAUCUGUCUGAAGGAGCGUAUGUCGCUGGCGGACAGCCUGUACAACCUGCAGCUGGUGCAGGACUUCUGUCAGGAGCAUCUGAACCGCUGCUGCCACUUCAGCCUGGAGGACAUGGUGUACGCCUCCUCGUCCCUCAAAAAUAACCACCUUGUGUUCCUGGCCGAGCUGUUCUAUUGGUUUGAGGUGGUGAAGCCCACCUUUGUACAACCAAGAGUUCUGGACACUGAAGAGCCAGCCCUCACAUCGUUGAGGAACAUGCCCUCUGUUCCCAUCUCCAAUGUCACCAAGAAGAGCUUCAUGGAGAGACCGUCCAGCCCAGAACCACCCAGUCUGCCUCUACGACCUCAACCUAGGAACUCGGGUGACAUGAAGAGAUCGACCUCAAUGUCCUUUGUGGAUGGCUGCGUAGGAACCUGGCCCAAGGAGCAAAGGUCCGGGCCUUACGGGGUAUCCUUCGACAUUCCCUUCGACAAAGAGGACACCACCCAGACGUCCACUCCCCCCGGCCGUGGCAUGACUCACUCUGCCAGCACAGAGGGCUUCAAGGUCCACCAAAUGCCCAGGGACAUGAAGAGGAAGCUGUCCUUCCAGCCCAUCAAUGGGCCGGGCGUGGGCAUUGAGGACGAGGGCUGCCCGGACAGCCUGGCAGGUCCUGAUCUGCCAAGACAGCCUGGCAGGCCUCAACCCUCUGGAGGCCUGCUGAGGUUCCCUGAUGGCUCCUCAGCCCUGGAUGGGCAUGGAAACGGCGCAGCCAUCCCCAGCAUGGAGGAGGCCCUCCAGAUCAUCCACAACACCGGGAGGAAGCCCACACAGUGCCCCCUGGCGGAGGGCAUCAACCGUGGCUUCUUCCUGCACAGUCAAAACCGGGGCAGAGGCGUAGUCGGCCUGGACCCCAAGGCUCAACCGGAGAACAUGGAACUGGACUCACUGAACACAGACAACCACGUGAGGACGGAGGACAUCGGCGAGAGGCUGGACGAGGACUCUUCGCUGAUGGAAGCUGCGAGCAUGGAACUGGACAUGGACACACCCAGCACCUGCCCCAGCAUUUCAAGCUACGGCAAAUCUCCCUCCACUAGCUCCGGCAUCAAGAUGACCAGCUUCGCAGAGCAGAAGUUGCGGAAGCUCAACAUCCCUGAAUCAGGGAGAAGAAGCAGCAGCAGCGGGGGCGGCAGCUCCUUCAAGACCACUCCAGAGGGCUCGGAACUGGGCCUCCCCUUGUCCGUCUCCUGGGCACCCACCCCAGAGCACAGCCCCGUCCAUCAACAGAGCAUGCCCCUUACCCAAGCCCCUCCCACUGGGCCAUCCCAGGCCCCUCCCCCUAGCGACCCGGCUCAAGCCAUGGCAUCGGAGAUGGUGCAGCUGCGCAUGCGCCUGGAGGAGAAGCGAAAAGCCAUUGAGACACAGAAGAAGAUGGUGGAGGCGGCGUUUAUGCGCCACCGCCAGAGGAUGGGCCGCUCCGCCUUCCUGGACGUGGUCAAGAGUAGGAGAGGAGGAGAUGGGGAAAGGGGGAAUAUGACUGCGGAGGAGGAGAGGAAAACUGGGAGGAGCAAAGCGGACAUGCCCUCUGGGGUCUGCUGGCUGAAAUCCCCAGGAGGCAGCAUGAGAGAAGAGGGAGGUCAAGGUCCCAGCGAGGUGGAUCUAGCAAACUACACACGCUCCAUGGAGAAGCUCAACCACUCACUGGGCUUCCUGCAGAUGGAGAUGCAGCGCCUGGCCCAGCAGCAGGAGGUCAUCAUGGCCAUGAGGGAACAACAGCAACAAAAGGCCUGGGUCAUCCCCCCUCCCCAGACCCAGCCCUCGCCCCAGAAAUACGCUCGCACCUCCGCCCGAUCCUCCGACUCGCCCUCCCCGGCUGACUCGCCCCGCUCCACCCACCGCUCACCCACCAGCAUCAAGAGGAAGUCGGCCUCCUUCCACUCGCGGAACACCCGCACGCCGCGCCCCAGCGAGCUUAAGCUGGCCCCCUAUAACCGCUGCCUGACAGCGCCCCAGUCCGUGGACAGCCUCCCCCGCCUACGCCGUUUCUCCCCAUGCCAGCCCAUGGCCUUCACUUACAUGGGGGACAAACCCGCCGGAGACACCACCGAGACCGGAGACAGGGACACUGAGCCUGUACUAUCCCCAGAGAGAGAGGCUGUUAGUGACUCGUCACCCUCCUCCCCAGCCAAAUACAACCAGAGAACACAACAAAGGACCCUAGAGAUUUCCAAGAAGGAUGAAGAUGAGGUAGACGAGGAAGAUGAGGAGAAGGAGAUAGAGGAGCAGAAGGACAAAAUGGAGGAGAUCCAACCCAUAAUGGUGUCGACCGUAUCUGAAGUGCUGGCCCAGCCAGUGAAAGAGUCCUUUACGGUCACCCCCACAGAGACCCCCCUUAUCUUAGACAUGUUUGGCCAGGCCAGAAGCAACCUGAUUGAGGUGCCUCUGUAUGUGCUCAAGCCCCUGGAGGGAGAGGAAAUGGAGGAGAGUGAAGACAUGCAAGGGACCUAUGGCGAUGACCACAACAUGGCCUGUGGCUUUUUCUUUAAGGGUGAUGGGAAGGAGGAAGACAACAUGGCGGAGAGGAGGGCUGCUCACCUGGAGAAGAGGCUGAGGAGGAACAAGGACACGCAGCAGAAGAAGCUGCAGCAGGAGGCGGGGCUAGAGCAGAAGAAGGAGGAGUCACGAGUGAAAGCGGAGGAGGAGCACAUGAGGAAGGAGGAGGGGAAAGUCCGCCGGGAGUUAAUCAAGCAGGAGUACCUGAGGAGGAAGCAGCUCAAGCUCGUGGAGGACAUGGACACGGUGAUCAAGCACCGACCGUCCGGCGCCAAGCAAAGGAGAGCCCGGCCCAAGUCCAUCCACCGGGACAGCAUGGAAUCCCCCAGAACCCCGGCCAGGGCAGCAGGUUCACAACCUCGUGUUUUUUCAGUGUCCAACUUGUCUCUGGCCUCUCUCAACCUGGGAGACAGCUACACUGUGCACUCUGAGAAGAGAACACCAAGUGUCAGCUUACGCUCUGGCAGUCUGUGCUUCUUACUGAGCUCUCCGAAACGGAGAAGGAGAAGGCCUGAUUCUGCAGAUGGUUUUCUGUCCCCUUGUCGAUCUGGGAGCCAGAAUGGGGAGGAUAAUUGGGAAAAUGGCUCCAACACGUCAUCUGUGAAAUCAAACACAGAGUACACCGGGCCCAAACUGUACAAGGUGCCGUGUGCCAAAUCGAACAAGCAUAUAAUCCAGAACGCACUGGCCCACUGCUGCCUGGCCGGCAAGGUCAACCAAGGACAGAAGAACAAGAUUCUGGAGGAAAUGGAGAAAUCAGAAGCCAACAACUUCCUGGUGUUGUUCAGGGACGGGGGUUGCCAGUUCCGCUCCCUGUACACGUACUGCCCCGAGACGGACGAGGCCACCAAGCUGAUCGGCAUCGGGCCCAAGAGCAUUACGAGCAAGAUGAUCGAGGGCCUCCACAAGUACAACUCAGACAGGAAGCAGUUCAGCCAGAUCCCCGCCAAGACCAUGUCGGCGAGUGUGGAUGCCAUCACGAUCCACGGCCACCUAUGGCAGACCAGGAAACCAACCACCCCCAAGAAAGUGUUACCUGCCAAGUCCUAAUGGAAACUUACCGUACACUCCUAGCCAACCCCGCCAUUUCCCUUCAAAUGGAACAGUCCACAUUCAAUUUGCACUUCACUGUACAUACAGUGGGGAAAAAAAGUAUUUAGUCAGCCACCAAUUGUGCAAG